GCAACGUUGUGAGCGGUCUUGAGCAAAGUUCCAAACACCAAACCAGAAUCAGCCAGACCGGCAGAGACAGAGGUGGUGGAUCGUGUUAUGUCUAUAGACUUUACUGGUGGGAGAGGGACGUAUAAGCGCUGCCUUUCUGAGGGAGGCGGUGUUGGCUCAGACUGCAAUGGCCCCGAGAGGGGAGCGCAAUGGAUAUGCCCCAAUGGCAAAACUUACCUUCGCCUUCUUGUUGGUGGUCUCCACUAGCAAUGGGCUUCCAUUAAACUCAGAUAUGUAUUACCAGGCUGGAAAUAUCCGAUGUCUGCGAUGCCCCGCAGGGACGUAUGUGGAAGAGCCAUGCACAACGAGGGACACUAAGGGGGAAUGUAUUCCCUGCCACCCAGGUUCCACUUAUAGUGAAGGUCCAACUGGCCUGGACCACUGCCUCAGCUGUUCUAGGUGUCGGGAUGAUCAGGAGGAGGUGAGGUCCUGCACAGCCACUCAGAAUGCAGAAUGCCGAUGCAAGAAAGGUACCUACUGCCCCAUGGAUCACCCCUGCGAAGUGUGUCUCACCUGUACCGAAAGCUGCCCUCCAGGCCAGGAACUCCACCUCCCGUGCAACUCAACAUCAGAUAGUCACUGCGGACCUGCUGAAAGUGGAUCAUUAAAAACCUGGAUUUGGGUCCCAUUUGUAGCCUUUCUACUGUUGCUGACUGGAUUCUUUUUGUAUAAACAUCUAAAGUGGUGUGAAGAUUUGCACAAUCGAGUUGAGAUGCUCAACUCUUUAUGUGUCUCCAAGAUAACUGGAAACCUGGGAAGAGAAGAGAUUCCCCUGAUCUCUCCAAAGUUGACUUUCGUAAAUGCAGAUCACAAAGAGCAAGAAGCAAUAUUCCGCCGAUCUUGGGACCACUUUUUUGAACAUGUGCCAAUGGAAAGAUGGGACCAAUUCAUGCGAAACCUGCACAUCUCUGCCAACACUGUGUAUGAAGCCAAGGAGAACAACAGGGGCAACUCCAGAGAGCAGAAGAUUGCCAUGCUACAGGCCUGGUACCAGCAGAAUUCCGGAGAUGUGAAUGAUCUGCUGGCCACUCUGCACGCCAUUCAUUUGCACACCCCUGCCAGAACAAUUGUCAGGAUACUUUUACAAGAAAGAGACUAUGUAGAGAAAAAUUAAGAGACAUUCUAUUUAUGUGCAUAAUGUUUAUUUUUGUAAUAAAAUUGAAAAUCCUUAAUAAAAAAAAAACACAAAAUA